AUGAUCGGGAACCUAGAAGCGCUUGGGGCUGCCGUUUCUCCCAGCCGCAGCGCAAAGAACGCACUCUCUCGCGUAGACAAGGGUCACAUCUCGUGCGAGCUAGACGUCUGGCCGACCGAGGUCGGCACCCCGCUCGGGGAAGCCAGCCCCUCCUCUACCGUGCCCCAGAGUCCCCACGACUCCGAUGCCAAGGAAGACCAGGAGGUGCCGGGCGUCAGCGGGAGCUCGGCCGAGUGGUCCAUCCAGCCCAACAUGAUCUCCAGCAGCACCACACACUCCACCGACCCCGCUGGCGAGCUGGCUGCCGCGCUGAGCGAGCGGAACGCCCUGCGCUCGCAGCUGGCCGACGCAGAGACCGACUUUGGCGAGGCCGGUAACCGCAUCUUCCUACUCAAGGCCCGGCUGGCAGAGGAGAAGCUGGCUCUGGACGACGAUCUCGAUGCCCUGAAGUACCAGGGGGCCAACCACGCCCAGCUUGAGAAGCUGGUCAGUCACACCACCGCCUGCCUGGAGGACGCCAAGGCCGAGCUGGUGGCGGUGCACAGCAUGCUCGCCGCAGCACAGCAUGCUCGUGGCGAGGCCCUGGCUGCAGCAGCUCCCGAUCCCGGCGCGGGGGUGGGGGGCACCAGGCGGGAGGUGGAGCGCUAUCGCCGCAUCUUCUCCUAUGCUGCUGCCAAGCAGAGGCUCGUCACCGUGGUGAAGGCCAUCGUCCCUGUCAAGAAGCCCGUCUGUCCCCCCUCGCCCGCCCACGACGCCACGCCCGCACAGACCAAGCGCUUCAGCUGGUCCAGGCUGUCCUGCUUCCGCAAGCCCCUGCUCCAGGCAUGA